GUAUAAUCACUGCCCUUGCGUCCCUUUCGAAUGGCAAUUUAAUUUGCUUUGUGUUCGAUGCAUUAUCCUCGUUAUCUAGCAAAUUUGGAUAUUUUAUUACAUUUGGAAUUAAUUGUAAGAUAAUUUGCUGAGGCUGAAAAUUUAAACGAAGCCUUUACGUCCAUCAAAAGUCAAUAGCAAUGAGCUUGACAUCCAGGAUUACUGGCGGUGCUAGCUCAGGUGUGAACCAUAAUGCUGCAAAUCCAGGGCCAAAAUUGUCAGGGAACUUUCCGCCUGCUACUCAAGAUGCAGCUCCAUCCAAUGCAGCCGCCAAUCACACUACAAGCUCCACACGCUGUUCUAGUGGUGCUCUAAUGAGCUUACUAAAUAGUGGAUUAUCUGUUCCUCGUCAGAUGAUGGUGCAAGCCCGGGGUGCCCAAGACAACCAGCAUAUUCCCAUACAUCUUAGUUUCAUUGGGACUAUUGGACAGGGCACUUUUGGGCAGAUUGAACGUGCAAGUCUAACUGUUUCCACAACUGCUAAUCAAGGCACACCCGGUAAAAAGAACUCAGACGGUAGCAGCCUUCCUGAUGGAGGACAAACUCUGCAGGUUGCAGUGAAGCGUGUUUUGCAAGAUCCCCGGUAUAAAAACCGUGAGCUAAGCAUCAUGCAACGACUAAAUAAUCACCCUAAUGUUGUUAAAUUUUACUACUAUUACUAUUCAACGGCAUCUUCGAAUAGUCGAAGUCACAGAAGUGGCAGCGGACGUACGAGCUCAUCUACAUCUGGUGUUGAUGUGUUCCUCCAUCUCGUACUGGAGUGUUUCCCUGAAAGUCUGUGUGAGCUGAUAUAUCGUUAUUCUCAGAGGAAUCUAAAAAUCCCAGCUUGUACAGUAAAGGUCUUCACCUACCAGAUGUUGAAGGCUUUAGCUUACCUACAUAGUCAUCAGAUUUGUCACCGCGAUAUCAAGUCAUCAAAUCUCCUAGUCAACGAAGAAACCAUGGUGUUAAAAGUUUGCGAUUUUGGAAGUGCCAAAGAAAUGGUGCCAGGGACUGCCAAUGUUUCCUAUAUAUCAUCUCGAUACUAUCGUGCCCCUGAAUUAUUAUUUGGAGCACAGUACUAUUCGUGUGCGAUAGAUACUUGGAGUGGUGGUUGUGUAUUAGCUGAAAUGUUGCGCCAGCAUUGUCUAUUUAUGGGAGCUGAUUCAGUAGACCAACUAGUUAAGGUGAUCCGUGUUUUAGGUACACCCACAGCACAAGAUAUUGCCAGUAUGAAUCCAAUGUACGGGUCCUACAACUUUCCAGAUGUUCAAUCCUGUCCUGUAAAGCUAUUUUUCCCACAACAUACUCCAGCGGAUUUAUUGGCUUUAAUGAGCAAAAUGCUUGUUUAUAAUCCAUCAUUAAGAAUUUUACCAUCUCAAGCGCUUUCUGAGCCUUGCUUUGAUGAACUUCGUUCCAUUGGUCCGCAUGGUGUACUGCCUAAUCGAGUUCGUAUGCCUCCUCGUAUAUUUGAUCCUGAUCCUGAGCCUAAUCCGCCCACUUCAACUCCAGAUGCUGCAACAAAUCCAUCAGCUUAUAAUUGUUGGUUACCCGAUCAUCAUAGACACGGUACAUCUAACAAAAAAUCUGUUACCAGUGUUGGCGAUCCAUCUGCAUCCGAUAAGAAGGGAGCAAAGUCAUCAUCCAACUUUCGAGAGAUUCCUGGGGAUUCGCAAAGAAAAGGCCGACCAACAACAGGAUCAAAUUCAUCAGAGAAGGGUACUGGAUUAACGGUUAGUGGUACAAGUAAUAACAAUAAUAAUGCACAUGCCAAUUCCGAGACAAAAUCCACUGCUGAAAUAGGCAAUCCAACAAAUGGUGUAAAUAAUGAUUUAACCAGUAAACAAUCCCAGUUACAACAACCACAACAACAACAUAGUCGAACAAAUAAUUCGUCGGGAACAGUUGCAGCAACAACGGAUAUUUCUACAUGUCAAACAGAAAAUCAAGAUCAUACUUGUUGUAAUGAUGAUGAAAGUUCGUCUGGAAAUGUCCAUUUGAAAUCAUUUGUGCCUACAUCAUCUGAACGAACAAAUCUUAAUGAAGUGCGUUGAGAAAUCCCGUUUCUUUUCUUUUUUUGUUUUGUUUAAAAAUUCUUCUUAUUCUCAUUCUCAUUUGAAUUUUUGCCAACAAAGACAAACAGUUUCGUCGUCCCUCGUGCCCCCACCCCACCUCGCUCCUCUCCAGAAAAAGAAAAGAAAACUAUUCACAUUUUCAGUGUGUAAUUCGAAUUAAUAAUCAAGGUGAAUAAUAUAAUAAUAUUAAUAAUAAUAAAAAUAGUAAUAAUAAUAAAGUGAAAGGCGAUACAACAA